AUGAAGCCAGACGGUGUGGCAGUGGUUGAUAAGUUACACCAAGAAGUCCGCUAUGUGCUUCUCAUUAACCACAGAAAUAAAAACCAGCACAGAAUGGCUGUAUGGUGGAAGCAUUUUAACGAACUUAAAAGAAGCUCAGCGCAGGUUUUAGAGUUGCUUCAACAUCAGAAGCUGAAUGCGGUCCAACUUAGGAAGCUAUACAGUCUCCUGAAUAAGUUCCAAAAAAAGCAGCUGUCACGGAUGUAUUAUAGCUUUAAUGGUGUAGUCGGCCUAGGGCAGUUUGUGACACUUGGAGUUGUGUUGAUAGGGUUACUGGCUAGAGUAAAUGCCUUGUAUCGGCAGAUAUAUGCAGACUAUGAGCGUGAAUUUAAGAACUUGGCGCUCAUCAGGUUUGAACAAAUUUUUGCGGCAGAAUCUCCUGUGGAAAAACAGCUUCAGUCACUUGUGAACGAGGAAUUGGGUGAAGUCGUGGACGAAUCAAUGGUGCCGCUCCCGAAAACAGAAAUCAACUCAAAUGCUGCGCUCAUCUCUACACAAAAGAUGAAGGCUAAAAAGAAGGUUAAGAAGAAGAAAAAGUCUGCGAUUGAUGAUAUUUUUGGUUGA